UAUCACUUUAUCACUUAUCUCUCCCGCAAAUCGCAAUUGUUUAUGAUAGGCUCGUGAAUGUUGAACUGCACUUUAAAGUUUAAACUUUGAAUUAUAAUCCCGUUUUUGAAAUAAAUUGUUUACGUACUAUUAUUCUAGUUUCCAGCAUCUUGCCCAUACCGGAAGUCCGACUGCAAUAUACAGAAUACCAACAAGUAGCGAGUAGGCUUGUGAUUCUACGGCCAUGUUUUGCAGAGUUCUUUCGAAAUCGGAUGUGUCGUGAUGUGUUAAGUUUUUUACUUAUAUUUACAAAAUGGACGUCAAUAAAGAAUUUGAUGACUUUCUGUCAAGCAUGGAGAAUUUCAACAUAAAUGUCGCAUCAGAAUUUUUAUCAAAUUUUAAUUAUGAUACAAAUUAUUCUGAAGAUGUAAUAGAAUUACUUGGAAAGGGAUUAACAAAUGAAUAUUUUAAAAGUAGACCUGAUUACUUCAACUUUUGUGAAGAACAAUUACUUAAAUUGGCAAAUAAUGAAGAAUAUCAAGUGCUAAUUUUUGAUUUUUUGGAUAUUAUUGAAAUGGAUGAUUGCAAACUAUUAUCAUCCGUUUUAAUUGUAGUAACUGUUUUGGAGAAUACCAAAAAUCCAAAUCGAGCAUCACUAGAAUAUUUGUUGAUUGGUACUUUUAAUCAUUUAUUUGAAAUGGAUGCCACAAAUUUAAAGGAAACUUUGCCAACCAUAAUGCAACUUUUAAUAAAAUUAAAAAAACAUUUUCUACUCCAACAAUCAAUUUUAUAUUAUUUUGCUAGAUUUGCUUUCUUAGUGUUGAAUACGAACAUUGAACCUAUUGAAUAUCUAAACUUAUUGUCUAACAUAAUUUAUGAUCCAUUUUAUUUACUUGAAUAUGAAUUUGAUGAAAUUGAAGAAAAAGAAGAAGUAUUAUAUAUUGCUUCAUUCUUUUAUCUAUACUUUAAAACUGGAAUACAAUGGGGACCUAAGAUUUACGAUCGGUUUUAUGUCUUAGAUAAAUGUUGUAAUUUAGCUAUGAUUGUGUACGAAGACAACAAUUUUGGAAAAGCUUUUGCAAAAUUAAUUUUAACAAAAUUUAAAAAUAAUGAAAUUCCAUUACAUUCAUUGAAUACACACCAUGAAUAUUUUUUAUUAGAAGCUACACACAGUUCCAUGUAUAAUGAAAAUCUGGAUGUUAGGAAGGAAUCAAUGGAGUCAUUAAUGGUAUUCAUCGAUAAAUUAUGCACUGAUGCUCAGUAUAUAGUUUUUAAAUAUGUAUUUACAAAACCAUUUGACUCUUGUAUCAAAGAACAAUUUAUUGUUAAACUGAAAAACCUGAUUUUUUUAAAUUUAAAUUCAGAUCGUGAUCUGGGAUGGUUUCAGGGAAUAGGACUUUUAAAUAUUAUUAAAUUAUUUUGUAAUAUUUCCUAUAAACGUGGAUUCUAUCUUCAAAACAAUAAAGAACAUAUUUUGGGCGCUAUAUCACUUAUUUAUUUAUUCACAGUCCACGACAUUGAAAAGUUAAACAUGGGCGAAGAAUUUUCAAACGUAGCAAAACAAUUUGUGGACGUCAUUCAAAAUGUCAUAGAUAAUUCACUUGAAGAGCGUAAAAUCGAACUAAAAAAUUUAGAUGAUAAUGUUUGUAAAGUAAAAGGUCCAGAAAUAAUAAUUGAAGAUAAUUUAAAUUUAAAUACAAAAUUGUCAAAUGAAGAAAAGCGAGAUUUAUUAUCACAAAUGAACACUAACAUAUCAUUAGUCCAGGCAAAUUUGGAUUUGUUGAAAAGUGUCAUCAAAAAAUAAAGAUCUUCGGUGUAAAACAUUUAAAUUUGGUAUAGUGUAUCUAAAUUUAAGUUGUCUUUAUGAAAAUAAAUAAAAAUGUUACAGGUUUUAAGUACUUUUUGUAA